AUGCCACACAACUUCGCAUACAAUGUUAGGGACGACUACUCCGGCACCAACUUCGGCCACAGUGAGAACUCCGACGGCAACACCGUCCGUGGCUCCUACAAUGUCGACCUUCCCGACGGACGCAAGCAAACGGUGAAAUAUGAAGCAGACCACCACAAGGGUUUCACUGCCAACGUGGAGUACUAUGGCGAGGCCCAGUACGCCCACCAGUCCGGUCCGGCAGUAACAUUCAAGCCCCAGCCAUCAUACCACCAGCCCCAGCCAUCAUACCCGCCCCAGCCAUCAUACCCCACCCAGCCAUCAUACCACCAGCCCCAGCCAUCAUACCCGACCCAGCCAUCAUACCACCAGCCCCAGCCAUCAUACCCACCCCAACCCUAG